UGUUUUCCCCUCGUCUGGAGGGAAGUUUUCUCUCGAAUCCUUUUAAUAGUUCCACUUCUGCAACAUUUUUUGGAGGGGGGAAAAAAAAAAUGCUGCGCCCGCUCGUGAUUCUGCUUUGCCUGGGGACGCUCCGCCACACCUCGGAGGCCGUGGAGGCGGAAAAGCUGGCGGAUAAAAAGACGUGCGGCGACGAAGAGUGCUCGUAUGUGCUCUCCAUGGCCACAGUUUUGGAUGACUUCAUAGGUCCGGACUGCAGAUUCAUCAACCUCAAGAAGGAGCAGAAGGUUUAUGUGUAUUCUAAACUGGUACCAGAGGAGGGCGGUGGCGUCUUCUGGUCUGGCAGUGUGUACGGCGAUUGCUACGUGGACCAGAUGGGCAUCAUCGGAUACUUCCCUGCUACCUUAGUGAAGGAGACGCAGAGGUUUAGAGAGGAAACAGUUGAGAUUCCAACAACAAACGCAGAUUUCUCCUGUGCUUAAAUAAGGCGGACACGGACGGAUGCUUCCUCUGUGCUCGUUCCAGCAAUCUGGGCGACAGAAUUUGAAUCCACGGUUGUUAUCCGCAGGAGAAGUGCUGCAACCAAACUGCGGCGGCCUUUCAUUUAUUUGUCACGCCAAUUCACAUCAGUUUUAAUGAUAACGGGUUAGUUUUACGGAUGUCCUAACCAACAUUUUUGGCCUUGGACUUAGACAAACUUUAUUGAUCUCUCUCGUUUGAGUCACACAUUAAGAGUGUUACUAAAACGGCCUUCUUUCAUCUCCGUAAUAUCGCUAAAA